AUGGGAGCCGCCCAUUUAAUUAAAAUUUUUCUAGUAGCCAAAAAAAGGGGGCAGGAUGGUGGCGCCAAGCUGGGCUCUGAACGCCAAGCUGCCACGUGUCCUCGUCCAGGCCACGCGGGCCAAUCUCUGGGCCCGGCAACAGGGUCUGGAGGCGCCCUCGCCGCGGGUCGGGCCAGCGAGAGCCGGGCUCCAGCGCCACCAGGCGGCCGCGCGGCGUCACUGCAGGCGCAGCCACGUCCCGCCCGCCCCGCGCACCCGCGCCGCGCGCCGCGCGCCGUCGAGGUCCCCGCGUCGCCGCCCUCUGCCUUUCGUAACUCGGCGCGGGGUCUGGGUUUGCAGGGCUUUGAAAACGAGCCCCCGGCGCCUUGCGCCCUCUCUUCCGGCGCUCUGGCCGCAGAUUCGGGUAGCGCCGGCCACCGUGGACCAUUUUUCUUUUUUUCCUGCUUCGCGGCGUUCCAGGAUUUUCUCUUCCGGGUCGCUCUGAGGCACGGUCAGGGGUGCCAGCAUUCCCGGUUUGGCAUUGAACCCUCGGACUCUGCAAACACCAUUGAGGGGAAGCCCCCUUUUGCGCGUGCGCCGCGCCUCCUGAGGCCGGGAGCUAAGUCGGGCUGGCAGGGCCAGGUGGCACAUAAGCUCUGCCUCUGGGUUUCUAUUUGGCGUCAUCCGUGUGCAGAGGCGGCUGAGAUUUCGGCAACACAACAGCCUGGCCUUGACUGCAGCUCCAUCCCCAGCUCGAAUGGAGCUCUUACCCACCCCGACCCCAGCUACAGCAUCCGGUGGAUGGGAGGGGCUGGAAUCAUGCAAACUUGUGCAAGAAAACCAUCAUACAUCACAGCGCGUGUCCUCAUCUUUCAACAAACAUGUAGCAUUCGGAUCCAUAGCCUGGGUCGUGGAAGCUACUCCUUCGGUGACAAUCCCCCUCCUUCUAAAUGUGGUGGAGCUGACAUUGUGAUCUGGGGAGGCAGUGUCAGAAACGUCUCAUCCUACACGUUGAUCCUGCAGCGUUCAAGUGGGAGCGCGCUUGCCUUAGCGAAUCCUCCUGUGAAUUCCAUCUCCUUGCAUUCGAAGGGGCUUGGUGUCCUGCAUUCUUGGGAAGAGAGGCUGGAGCUUUGGCAAAACCCCCCACCCCCCCCAAACUCCUAACCACCUUCUGUUUGGCUCUGAGUUGGGAAGAGCAAGCGAAUUUUUCCUUUUUGUCGUUUUCUUUUUCUCACCUUUGGAAAACAGGCCUUGGGCCGGUGUUCACAGGGCUGAACCUCCCAGACGCAUCAUGCAGAUGGAGACAUAGUGCGGUGGGUUUGGUUUUUUGUAACACGGUUCAUUUAGAAUCGGAACAUUAGUGCUGGGGGUGUCUAAGAAAUCGUUUGGUCUGGUGGUUUGCAAACCGAGUCCCACAAGGCCCUUGGGUUCCUCCGCAGUGCCCUGGAGCCGCUCCAGUUUGAUCUCCUCUCAUACACUUGUGUUCUGGCCACACUUAUUUAAACAUGUGGUUCUGAGGCUCUGAUCUAAUCUAGAGCCCUCACAUUUAAGACGCACAAACCAAGGCUCAGAGAUAUGCAGAUUUGUGCAAAGUUAUGUAGUUCUCAGUGGUGGUUUGAGGUGAGUGUCCGUCUGGGGGUUUCAGCCUGCUUGCACGGUGACCUUCAAACACACCAUGUCAUGUUCCCAAGACCCGGAUAAAUGUCAUGUGCAGGAGUCUUACAGGUGGAGGUGAUUCUGAAUGUGAACUACAAGGAUGUGGCCCCUUUCGGAUCUCCUGCGGCUCCCCUUCUCCUGAGGUGCUGGCUUACAUCAUCUUGGAAAGAUACUUCUUUACCUUGGCUAGAGUUUUGAUUACCAGUGUCCACCGGCCUUUUGCAUAUCUAGUCAAAUACUGUUCUAGGAGAAUGACAGCACUUUAGAUAGAAAGAACACCUUGCUUAAAGUCUCAGAUCGAUUUUCGAUUCCAUAAAUGCAAAAAAGCCCCUCAAACAAUUUCGAACUAUGAAACAUCGAAUCCCUCCCCAAAAUGUCCUGUUACCCAGGUUGCACACAGACAAUGUAAAAGCGACACAGUAGGUGGCUCCCUUGAGCAGAAGUGAAGUGACUUGGAUUCACUGUGCUUCUGUAGCUCCUGAGUUCAGGGUGACACCUGUAGUUUCAGGAAUAUAAUCUCAGGCUGUCCCCGGGCUGUUGAUAAUGAAAGGAAAACAGCCUAACGCACUCGGCUCCCUCUAGUGACUCUGGAAAACUCUUGUAUGUGGAUCCCCACCCCCGUUUUUUAUGGCGGCAUCCACAGCAUAUGGAAGUUUCUGGGCCAGGGAUUGAGUCUGAGCCACAGCUGCAGCCUACGCCCCAGCUAUGGCAACACUGGAUCCUUUAACCCAUGGCACAGGGCCAGGGAUCAAACCCAUGCCUCUGCAGUAACUGGAGCCACUGUAGUCAGAGUCUUCACUGACUGCACCACAGCAGGAACUCCUGUAUGUGGAUUUUCAAUAUAAAACCUUCCCACAAUGUUUUAAAGGAAUCAGUUGAAUUAUAUGGCAGACAGCUAUUAAAAUUAUUCCUAACUUGCCUAGGGGAAAAAGCACAUUCAAACUUUGGGUGUGUCUUGGAUCAAGUUUAUGUUUGCAGGUUAGCCAGAUAAAGGAGGUGGGGCUUUCUGAACAUCUUAGCCCCUUAGCUUCUCCAUCCUCCACCAGCCCAGAUGACAAUCUGUUUUGAUAUUUGUUACCCACUGAAAACAUUCUUUCUGUGAACUUAAGUUGGCCAAAAGCAUUUUUCAUUUGUUAAAAAUUAAAUCUAAUUACCAAUAAUAUUUUAGUCUUUAUUAGUCUGUGAAAAGACUUGACCAUGAAGCUCUUGGUCUACUUAUUAUCACUAAGAAAAAUUGAGCCAAAAUUGAACUGCAUUCAGAUUGAAUACAUCCUACAGUUCUUGGAAUAGUUAGUAUUCUUGUUAACGUGAUCAAAUGGAUCAGUGGCUAUAACGGGCCUGCAAUCAUGAUUUUUAUGUGAAUAAAGCUAAUUAAAUUAUUCGAAGUGCCACUAUAUUUAUUUAGGAAUUUGAUUACUAGGCACUCCAAAUAAAGUUAACACUGAUGGUUUAAUAAAAAGGAAAGAGGGGGCAAUCUAAGAUCUUACAAAAUAUUGUACAACUAACAAAAUAUUUAUAGUUGCCACGACAUGUUGAAUGGAUAUCAUGCAUUAAUUUCUGUGUUGACAAUGCCCAACAUACUUUAAUCUAUCUGAGCAUAUAUCAAAAGUACCUUAAUUCUUCUAAUAGCCCUGUGAGAUUGGUAUUAUUUAGCAUCAUUUCAAUACAUGAGAGAACUUGCUGAUGUGGGUCCCCUGAGGUCACAGAAAUGCAAUAAGAGGCAGAAAUGCAAGCUACUCCCACGCUUGUACUUAGCUUAUUUUUUAAUCACUUUCAAAUGAAAAAAAAAAAAAAAACCUGUGUUCUGCCAUUCAUAGCCCAUGAAACAUGGAAUUUCCCCUUUUAGGAACAGGUAGGAUUUUUUUUUUCCAUCUUUUUAGGGCCACACCCAGGGCAUAUGGAGGUUCCCAGGCUAGGGGUCAAAUUGGAGUUGUAGCCACUGGCCUUACAGCCAUAGCCUCAUCAGA